AUGGCUGGUAACGGUUCCACUGAGCCUUCCAUAGAGUCGGUGAGGGCGGCUAUGAUGGACGAUUUAGGUCCUCAUCGACUAGAAGAACUUGCACGAGACGACAGCCGAAUAUCUCGUCAAAGGCAGGCUCGUGUGAUCCCUCCAAUUCCGCCUAGAGUGGCUCACUUGCAAACCCGUGGCUCGUCUAGCAAAGGUCUCGCCGAGAAAUGGUGUGCCGCAAUUCGAGAAGGGGAAUUCGACGAUGACGAUGCUGCUGCUGUUAAGGGUUUAGACCCUUUAGAUAGUGGCAAUGCGCAUCGUAUAAAUCGUCUCGGUGGGCAGUCAGAUAGGCGCCAGCACAACCCGACCCAAGCUGAAAAUUUCAUGGGACCUGUCAAACGAGCCCGUGAACCAACAUAUUCACGAAAAUUCAAAUUGGCAAGCAAAGACCCAAACGUGAGCCAUCGUCAGGAUAUGUUCAAUGCUACACCUGGUGGGCCUGUCUUAGGAGGGUUAUGCCCUGAAGGAGGUGAGGUUAAAAGAUGGAACUCGGGAAAACAGGUGGAGGGAUUCAAGAACAUCACCAACUUGCCGAACCUUCCUACUAGUCGAGGACAAACUCCCAAUCGCUCCAGAGGUUCCCCCGAAAAGUCAAUUCAGACCCCUGGCCACGUUCGUGGUCGUGGCCGUGGCGGCGGAGGAGCUCAGCCUCCAUCCAGACCUUCCCCAAGACAUGAAAGCAUGACUUUUCAACCACAAGAGCACAUCAAUGAGAACUCUGGCAGACUCCCUCAACCACCACAGUCUCCCCGUGACACUUCAUGGGUCCCACCACAUCUACGGAAAUCAAGUGGGAGUCGGUCUCCUGCCUCGCCAAGCGCCGCCGUUUCUCGGCAGACUUCACCUCGACCUAGUCAAUUAACGAUAGGAGACUCCACCCCCAGUCCGCUCGAGAAACUUCACGAGACUACGAACCUGAAUGCACGGGAGGUUUUCUUCCAGGACAACGUGACCGUGGUACAAUAUGGUGAGCCUAAUCUGCCAACAAGAGGCCAAAUAACCAUUUACGAACUUCUCGAUGCGCCAGUAUGUAUCUGGGAGCUGGCGAUUGAAGGCAAGGAGACCAAAAGGGGUGAUAUACGUGAGCUAUUAGAAGUGCUUGAGAAUGGGAGUACGAGCUACCUUCGCCGGCAUCGUGCUGGUGGUCCAGUCCGCUCCAAUCCCCUCCAGUUUUCAGACAUUAACAAGGCGAAAAAGUUCGUACAAGAGGCAAAUCUUCGUCGGAUUCAAUAUAUCGGUUCUUCUGAGACAAUCUACGACGAAAUUACUUUGCCUCUUUCGUUAGCUCAGAAUGCGGCAGUUUGCAAAGCAGCAGUUGAGCCAGUAGAUGAGAAGACUCAACAGAUAGUUAAGCCUCGACCACAGACGCCGCCUAAGGCAGCCGCUGUCAACCAUCAACGGAUGGAGUCUGGAUGGAGUGACAAAGAUUUGAUCUCUUUCAGCCCAGGUCCAACUAUCCAGUCCCAGCAGAAUAAUGGCGGAACACGGUUUGAACGCGAACAGUCUGUAAUUGUCAAGAUGGAAACUUCAAGUGGAUUAUCUGCUCAGAACCAAGCAGAUCACGAAGAACUGGUCUCGAAACCAAUGAUAAACGAAGGACAUCAGGUGAGACAGGAAGUCAAGCCACGCAAUCGAGCAGAGGAGGCUACAAAGGCGCUUCGAAAUGUUGAAGUCGAUAUUGUUCGUCAUCUAUCCCACGCUAGUCUUGAGCUUGUCGCCGAAAUCUCCGACGAGUAUGACCAGUUAACCCACAGAUCCACGUUACUAAGCAUUGCACUUGAUACGCCUCAUCGGGAUCCUGCCUUUCUAACUACACUGACACACCUGGCCCAGAAGCCAAAGUUUCUGGAUUUGUCGCGCGACGAUCAGAAGGAUUGCCUCUCGGUUAUUUGUAGUAUAGUCCGUCAUGGAGAUGCACGCAUUGUGCGCUCGCAGGAGGAAAUUCGGGCACUUCGUAGCGAGGAAGCUUGUCCAGAAGCGAUCAAGGAGUUGAACGCUCUCAUCCAGAGGCAGCGAGGGGGGGUACCUAUAUCUCAACCCACUCAUGUGAGGUCAUCAACUGCCGACACAAUGACAAUGUUGGUUGGCCAAUUGGAGAUGUUGAGUAUGAAAUGA